GUAGGCAAUUAGGUAAUUAAUUUUGUACAAAUUCAACUGUUGUAACCUCUGAUACAGUUCCCAAUUACUUAUCUGAGUAAUGUUUGAUUAUUAAAUUCACAUGGUAGAUUAGAAUUUAAAAAGUGUAUAGGUCUUUAUUCAAUUGCAUGUAACUGUUGAAGUAUAUUGUAUAUUAUAUAAGCCCAUGUGGCAUGUAUACAACAUAUUUUGAAGUGUGUUAAAAAUCAAAAACGUUUGUGAAUUUUUAUUGUUUUACUCUUUUCAAUGAUUUUUUUAUUAUUAUUAAUUGUGUUCAACAUUAGUCAUAGGUCCUAUUCACACCGCUGAGUGAAUAAAAUAAGGUUUUUGUAUCAAUUAUUACAGUUUUUUUACGGUAUACGUACAUUUGCUUCAAAAUGUUACGAGCUAAAAUCACUAUAAACGCACAUAAGUACGAUACCGCGAAAUCAAAGAUAAUUAUGUAUCACACAACACUCAAUCGUUAAUAAUUAUCGAUGGGUUGAUAAUUAUUAGAGCAUUCUAUUAAACAAAAAUUAAAACUGCAGUUGGCCAUUUGCUAUUCCGAGGAUAAGACGGUUAACUCGGCGAAGGUCUAUAAUAAAAUACACAGAAAUUUAAGUUGACAUUGGAUUGUCUCCACUCAGAAUCGUUUUUCACAUUGUGUAAUUUUUCAUCACUCAAUUCAAAUUGAACAUACUAAUAUUAUAAUUAUCUAUAUACCAGAUACCUACUCAAUAACGAGGUAUACUCGAAACCAGCAAAGUUGAUUUAGGUAUAGAUAUUCAUCAUUAAAACAGCGUUUCUACAAUGGACAGAAGGCUGAUGAAUAUAAGCAUAUUAGGUUUAGGAUUUAUGUUUGUGUUUACAUCUUUUUUGACCGUAAGCAAUAUCGAGAAAACAGUAUUGAAAAGUAUCGAAAAAGAAGAUCCCUCAUUUACCGGCGACGGGUAUACUAGUCUAUGCAUCAUAUAUGGCGUGUUUGCUCUAUGCAACUGGUUGGCACCGACAAUAAUUGGCAUGAUUGGUAGUCGAAAAUCUAUUUACUUGGGAUCGAUAUGUUACGUAGCAUUUUUGACGCCGUUCCUCUGGCCGUCCAACAUUCUGCUGUAUACCAUGUCUGUGUUGCUAGGUUUCGGCGCAUCAAUUAUUUGGACAGGGCAGGGCACUUACCUAACCAUGAACUCGGACUUGUCGACCAUAUCUAGAAAUUCAGGAAUAUUUUGGGCCAUGUCGAAAAUAAGCAUAUGUAUCGGAAAUGUUUUUGUGAUAUUGGUGCUCCGUGACAAGACUGAGUUGAACGAAUCCACUAGAAUGUUAGUGUUCACUGUGUUGGCAGUUGUGUGUGGUUUUGGCACGCUGAUACUGAUGAUCUUGCGUCCGUCCGUGGACGCCGAAGACAAGGAAAACGAAGUAAAUUUUCAAAAACCAAACAGUAUGAUCCCCAAAAAAGAACUCAAAGAUUCAAUGAGGCUUUUGAUGACCAAAGACAUGCUUUUGCUGAGUACAUUGUUCUUGUUUACCGGUUUGCACGUAUCGUUCUAUAGUGGUGUAUACAGUUCGUGUAUAGCGUUCACGAAGUCUAUGAGCACUAAUACCAAUCAACUGUUAGGUUACACAGGAAUACUGGUCGGAGUCGGUGAAGUCACAGGUGGUUUGUUAUGCAGCAUUUUAGGUAAAAAGUCUCCGAGAUCCGAUUCAAAGUUCAGUGGUCUAAGUCGUUCGACCGUGAUAAUUAUCAGUUUUUUAAUCAACAUCGUAGCUUACGGCUUGAUCUUUGUAAAUCUACCAAAUGAUUCUCCGUUUGGCGAUUCUUACACCAAAUCGUUUAUCAAACCUAAUCAAUAUUUGGCUGUAUUUUGCGGUUUCCUCUUGGGUUUAGGAGACAGUGGUUUUACCACGCAAAUAUAUAAUAUCAUUGGAGUAAAAUACUCGGAUAACAGUUCUUCCGCCACGUCAUUGUUCAUGUUUAUGCAGGCAAUGUCAGCAGCUAUUAGUUUCUUUUACAGUAAUCAGUUUGGAAUCUAUGCACAACUUAUCAUAUUGAUCAUCGUAAUGACCAUUGGUACUUUAUCGUUUCUCGUAGUGGACAAAUUUAUUUCAAUUUAAUAUUAUAAGAAUAAGAAUGAUGAUAAUUUUCUAAUUUCAACACGUUACUUACGUUUAAGUGUAUUAGCGUUAUUGAUAGUAUUAUAAAAUACUUAUUGACUGAUUGUAUUACCUGUAUUUUUAAAAUCAAUUAGAAGUACCUGUACAUAUGAUAAUAACGACUGUCCAAUAGUAGGUAUGGGUGAUCUACUUUUCCGCCAAAAUCGAACUUUCCGUUUACCGCCACCACAAAUUUCAGUUUCUAUAUUUUGGUAACCCCUUGGUAAUGAUUUUUAAAAUAACAAAAAUAAUUAGGUAAUCAAUUUUUAAUUAAAUAUAUGAUUUUACAAAAAACAAACGUAACAAAUGUAUAUCGGCAUAUUUCUCCCCUUUUAUACUGGUCAAUUAAAUUUUGCUUUUUUUUUGUCGUCUUAAAAUUUGGUUUCGCGGUGUUUUUUGUUCACCGACGCUGCUUAUUUUGCAAUAAUUUAUAAUUUCUGAAAAUGCAAGUGCCCAAAGUUUUGAAAGAUAAAUCUUCAGAAAUAUAUAUUUCUACAAAAUAAUCAGCAACUUUUGUAGUCUUUCAUCGAUCGGACACUCGCUCAUAGUCAUUGAUAAAACAAUCACUUCACAAUAUUUAAUUAAAAAUUGGUUAUCUAAUUAUUUUUGUUAUUUUAAAAAUCAUUACCAAGGGGUUACCAAAAUAUAGAAACUGAAAUUUGUGGUGGCGGCAAAAGGAAAUAUAUAUUUUUGUACUGGCGGUAAACGGAAAAGUCAAUUUUGGCGAAAAACGGUGACGCCCGUAGGUAUAUUUACUUAAAAUCAUAGAAUACAUUCAAAUUUUCAAGAUUUCAAUGCAUCUAUGAAAAAUAAUUACCAAUCUUAAAUUGAAAUUUUAAAAGUACGAGUGUAAUAAAAUUUGAAAAAUAAAAUAUAAAAAUCAAAAUUAUUUAUUA